UCCAAGAUACAGGCUUUUUUAAGUCCUUCAGUCACAAUCUUCUCGAGAGCAGACUGUUUCAUCAACUUUCUCUUGAAGAAAGCAGUUACAUAUAUUCACAACUGCUGCUGCUACUGCUGUAGGCACUACUGAAACCACUUCUGCGACGAAUUUGAAAAUCAUUAAUGGCGAAGAAGAAAACAGAUUUGGGUCGCAGAGCGUGGAAUCUACUGCGUCUUGUAUUGUUAUGGGCAAGAAAAGGUGGAAUUAUCAAGCGAGGACUCAUGAUGGACCUUCGACGACUCCUGCCCAACCACAUCAAGAACCUAUGCAACGCUGCCGAUCGGGACUCCAUUCGUCCUUACGGGGAGAGGGAGCUCUCUUUCGACAAGACGCCUCUCUUCCACUUCAAAAUGCAUCGCCCCCCUUCGCUGAGAUUUCAAUUUCCAUGUUUAAAUCCACCCCAUGUCGAUUUCGAUUUCGAUUUCAAGGGCGACUACUUGGACGAUAUAGAUGGAAUCUGCAACCAAGGCGGCAGGAACAGUUUUCUCAUCAAAGCUGAUGAUGAUGAAAAGGAAGAAGACUAUGGGGGUGACUGGGAUGAUACACAAACCUCUGAAAUGUUUCCAUGCCAAGAAGAGGAAGGGAAUAUUGAUCUCAAGGCUGAGAAGUUUAUAGCUAACUUCUAUGAACAAAUUAAGUUGCAGAGACAGAUUUCAUAUCUACAAUACAAUGAGAUGCUAACAAGAGGCGCAAGUUGAUGAAAAAGAAUACUGUUGAUAGUGAUGAGUUCCCUGUAUUUUUUCAGAUUUUGCUGCCUUCUUUUGUUCUUUUUCCAUAAAAGAGUUCUUGCGGCGUUGUUGUAAAUACAGUGUGGAGGCUCGGCUUUCAAGUAUCAACCGGAACCGAGUGUUUACAGUGCCAGAAUAAGUGUUGUAUUAACAAUAUAAAUGGAUUGACAGAACGGAUUCACAGAAUCACUGUCUGUUUGUGAGAUGUUAAAGGUCAAUAUACUUUGUGAUUA